AUGGCCGAUUCAAUUGACAACAAAGAGGGGAACAAGACAAGCCCUAUCCUGUCUACUUCGGACAGCGACGAUGAAAAGAGAGUGCAUCCAAAGUCUGAAGUAAGGGCGGUCGCUACUGGACUGCCAGAGGAGACGGGGGUAGGCAGCGACUCGGAUCAAGACGAUGCCAAGAUUCUCGACACUGCCGAAGCGGUCGUGACCCAUCUCUUACCUCUGAGGGAUGAUUUUGAGCCGGCCUUGACAUUUCGCAGCUUGUUUCUCGCAUCAUGCCUUGCGUCGUUCCAAGCUGCCAUGACUCAAAUUUAUGCGGUAUUCUCUUGCCUCAUACAAGUACCUUUGCGAUUUGUGUUUAAACCAACAUCGGUCCCGGUUUCUGGCACAUUCAUUGUGCUCAUUGCCUACUUUUCAGGCUUGGCCUGGGCCAAGUUUCUUCCGCGAGGAGAUGUGCACGAGGCUCGAUGGAGAGAGAAAGGGGGCCAAGGCGAGCCACCACGAUGGAUCCGAGUCUUGUCAUUCUUUAAUCACGGGCAGUGGAACCUCAAGGAGCACGCCGUUUGCUCCAUCACUGCCACUUCAGCCUCCAAUGCUACCGCCAGCAUUACUGUCUUUACGACACAGGAUUUAUUCUAUGACUUGCCGCUUACAGCAACCACUGUGGUUCUCAGCACGCUUUCCAUUGGUCUGUUUGGCUACGGUCUCUGUGGGAUUCUGCGACCAGUCGCUGUCUGGCAUGUCAAGUCUGUUUAUUGGACCAACAUACCUGUGGUCAAGACCCUCCAGGGUCUGCACUGGGCAGAUGUCCGAAACUCCAAACCUCUACGAGCAUUCUGGUGGAGCUUCGGUGCCAUGUUUUCCUAUGAGUUUCUGCCUGCUUACAUCAUGCCGUGGCUAAACUCCGUCUCCAUCCCCUGCUUGGCAUCGAUGAAGGCCACUGGCGAGACUGCCGCAGUUCUGAACAACGUCUUUGGCGGGUCCCAAAACAACCAAGGCCUCGGUCUCUUUAGUCUAUCCUUUGACUGGCAAUAUAUCACUUCUAGUGCUACUUCUCUGCCCUUGACAACUCAACUGCACUCCGCUGUUGGCUUGUUUAUAUGUUUCAUUGCCAUGGCUGGCAUAUACUACAAUAAUGUUUGGGAUUCAAGGUCACUGCCUUUUAUGUCAACACGUCUCCAAUCCGAGAAUGGAACAGCUUAUCCCGUCGCAGAGGUAUUCUCUGGUGGCAUUUUGAAUGAGGAUGCACUUGGUCGAUUCGGUGUCCCAAAACUUACUGGAAGCUUUGCAUAUGCCAUGUUCAUGGCCAAUGCAGCGAUUGGUGCUCUCAUUGUGCACUGCUUUUUAUUCUGGGGCAAGGACAUUUACAAAUCUUUCAAGAGUGCCAGAAAAGGCAACUUUAAUGACAGACAUCAUGAGCACAUGGCCAAGCACUACAAAGAGACACCCUGGUGGUGGUACGCAUCGAUUAUAGUUGGUAGCUUUGUGCUUGGUAUCGCUGUCAUUGUGAGCCAGGACCUUACAAUUCCUGUUUGGGCAUACAUUGUUGCCCUCAUUUUUGGCAUCAUCAUUGCUCCAUUUAGCGUGAUACUAUUUGCCCGUUUUGGUAACGGUAUCGCGACAAACAACUUGUCCAAAAUGAUUGCUGGUCUGACCGUACCUGGCCGUCCCAUUGGAAACAUGUACUUUGCCGCGUGGUCGCAUAGUGUCAUUGCCAGUUGUGUCAACUUGUCCAGCGAUCUGAAAUUGGGUGAAUACCUCAAAAUCCCACCGCGUGUCAUGUUCACCACUCAGAUAUACGGCACGUUGCUCGGCGCCGUUGUCAACUAUGCAGUUAUGGUCUCCAUUGUCAACGACAAUCGCGAUCUUCUAGCGAAUACCAAUGGCAAUUCUUCCUGGAGCGGUGCAUCCUUUCAGUCGUUCAAUACCAGCGCCACUUCAUGGGCCCUGGCAAAAUACCUGUACACGCUUGGCUCUACGUACGCUGCCGUCCCAUUUGGCGUUUUAUUCGGCGCUGGCUUGGUUGUGAUUCAUCGCGUUGUUGUAUUUUUUGCCCCCAAAGUCUACGGCUUCUCCCUUCACAACAUCAAUCUGCCACAGCUAUUGCAGUACGCCGGUUUUGUCCCAUACAACCAGUCACAGACAUGCAUCAUUUUAAGUGGCAUCAUUGCCGGCCUUUUUACACAGUUUUACUUGAGAAACUACCACCAGCGCUUUUUCAAGAAUUAUUCCUACUUGAUUACAAGUGCCUGGGAUGGAGGCAGUUUGACCUGCUUGUUUAUCCUGUCCUUUGCUGUGUUUGGUGCAGCUGGUCGAUCAGUGCCGUUUCCACAGUGGUGGGGGAAUAAUGUAAAGGGCAACUUGGAUCUAUGUCCAGUGCCAGAAUAG